CAUUAAAAGGGUAACUUUUAGCCUUGAACUUCGUCUGGACUCAUGGAGCUAUGGGCAGUGACUUACUGUUUCCUGCCACACUCAGCAGGAAGCCAGGCUUGGAGUGGCCACCUCUAGACGCCACUUUUGCGAGUGCUGGAGGACGCUAAUACCAGGUCCAGAAAUGCCCAUGGUGUGUGUGACAGACUUUGAGGCCCAAGCACGGGAACUUCUCUCUAAGUCGACUUGGGAUUUCAUUGAAGGAGGAGCCGAUGAAGGCUUCACGCGGGAUGACAACAUCGCAGCAUUUAAAAAAAUCCGCCUCCGUCCCCGGUACCUGAAAGAUGUGUCGCACGUGGACACCCGGACCACAAUCCAAGGGGCGGAGAUCAGUGCCCCCAUUUGCAUCGCUCCCACAGGCUUCCACUGCCUCGCCUGGCCCGACGGAGAAAUGAGCACAGCCAGAGCUGCCCAAGCAGCGGGCAUCUGCUAUAUCGCCAGCACGUAUGCCAGCUGUACCCUGGAGGACAUUGUCUCUACGGCCCCCAGAGGCCUGCGGUGGUUCCAGCUGUAUGUGCAGCUCGAUCGGCAGCUGAACAAACAGCUGAUCCAGAAAGUGGAAUCCUUGGGCUUCAAAGCUCUGGUAGUCACUGUGGAUGUGCCCAAACUUGGCAACAGGCGACAUGACGUCCGAAACCAGUUGGACCUGAAGACGAACUUACUGCUAAAGGAUCUCCGAUCACCUAAGGAGAGAAAUGCAGCGCCUCAUCUCCAGAUGUCUCCCAUUGACUCCUCCUUCUGCUGGAGUGACCUCUCCUGGCUUCAGAGCAUCACUCAGUUGCCCAUCAUCCUUAAAGGGAUCCUGACAAAAGAGGACGCAGAGUUAGCCGUGAAGCACAAAGUCCAUGGCAUCAUUGUCUCCAACCACGGUGGGAGGCAGCUUGAUGGCGUCGCUGCCUCUAUCAAUGCCUUGACAGAGGUGGUAGCUGCUGUGAAAGGGAAGAUUGAAGUGUACAUGGACGGUGGGAUCCGGACGGGUUCUGACGUGCUCAAGGCUCUAGCCCUUGGGGCCAAGUGCGUUUUCUUAGGGAGACCAGUCCUGUGGGGUCUUGCCUGCAAGCUGAGCCGUUGUGCGAGGUGCCGCAGAUUCCUCCAGGACAGGGUGAGCAUGGCGUUGAGGAAGUUUUGAACAUUUUAAAAGAUGAGUUCCACACUUCCAUGGCCCUGACAGGCUGCCGGUCGGUUGCUGAGAUCAAUCGAGACCUGAUCCAGUUCUCCAGGUUGUAAACAAAGAGAGCUAAAGACGGGAGUGCUGAGAUUGCCCACAGGAAGAAGACAAACUCACGGCAUGGUGUGUGGUGUCAUCCUGCCUGGGCCCCAUCCUACCCAGCCUGCACCCUCAACCACUUCACCCCCUGUGCUUCAGGCCCCCCAAACCCUCGUCUCCCUCGAAGGUGCCUUGCCCUUCUCUGCAUCACUGCUUUUUAUACGCUGCUCUCUUGCCUGAAAGCCUCUUCUGAAAGAAAAGACCUUAAAAGGGCAAAUCAAUAGUGACUGAAAUUGCUAGUGGAUGAAACUUUUUGCACACCCGCCACAUUUUCUAUAAAAGGACUAUGGAAAUUUGCACUCUGGACAAAAGAGCUACAUGUUUAAAAUAUUCCCCAACAAAAAAUCAUGCUCCUAUCUGUAGAUGAUAGGGAAAUAAGAUAGUUGAAACCAUAGGCUUUGGAGCCAUGCAGACAUGGGAUUAACAGUCAGAGCUGCAACUGACACACUGGGUUGACUUGGGAAAGGUUUGCAAUCUCUCUGUGCUUUCAUGUCCUUGACUACCAAAUAAGGAGUAUUUUACCUAGCCCGCUGGGUUGGGAGAAAGGUUAAGUAAGAUAGGGUGUGGAAAGUUCAGAGCACAAUGCUUAGCACGUAGAAGAAAUUUUAGCAUGUAGAAGAAGUUUAAGAAAGAGUAGCUUGUACUAUUACUGUUCAGCAAAUUCUCUUACUUUCAAGUCCUUGUUCAAACGUCACCUGUUCUUACCCUGGCUACUUGCUAAGUGCUUCCUGUUGUAUUGUGCACGUUCCAUUAUUACAACUCUCAUUACAGUGUGUUGUAUUUAUUUA